UUUAUUGACAAGGUUAGUAGCUAGAACCAUAGAACUCGUGCUAGAACUGUGCAAUACAUUCGAGCUGUGCAUACGUUUUGUUUUCUGAGACAUGCGCCCUUGAAUAUCCGUCAGUACUUCUUUGGUGACGAGUAUCAUUAUUGUAUUUAGCCUGACGUUACCGUCUUCAACGUAUACGUUACUAGGUCAACCGUGAGCGCCAACCAUGGGGUUUCUACUGUCUAAACCCAUGGAUGCAAACUUUAAAAAGCAGCAAGAAUUCAUGCUCCACAAUUCACGACUGCAGAUGGAGCGUCAGAUCCUGAUGCAGAACCAGAUGAGAGAGAGACAGAUGGCAAUGCAGGUUGCCUGGUCCAGAGAGUUUUUAAAAUACUUUGGGUCUUUCUUUACAGUGGUUACAGUUGGACUCACCGUUGGGGCCAUUAAAAGAAAGAAACCGUUCUUAAUGGCUCCCAUCGUCCCUCUCGGCUGCAUAUUUGCCUACCAGAUGGACAGCGCCUACGGAACUCUUAUUUAUCGCAUUAGAGGGGAGGCUGAGAGUAUCAUGACGUCUGAACAUGACCGUCUGGACUUGCCUCACGGGACUCCAACUUUCGAUAGCAUAGAGAAAGCCCGCCGCGCUAGAAGCAGCCUUACCUCCUUCUUGGAGAAAUGAUCUCUUGGUUAUUUGAGACAAAAUAAUAACCGUCCAGUUAAUGUAUUCACCCAUUUUGCUUUUACUUAAAAAAAAAAAAAAUGCUGUCCAAAAACUUUUUUUACAUUAUCAACUCUAUGGUUUGCACAAAUUCUAUUUCAUGGACCUUGAGUGAAAUUAGUUUCAUUAUUAAUAAAUAUAAAAUAAUGAUGAAUAAAUGAAUUAAUUUUCUGGUGUUGUUAUUAGAUGUGCAUCAGUAGCCAAACAUAUAUACUUAGGCCAAACUAAAUACUCAAAUUGUUAAUUGAUACACUGUCAGUACUGUAGUCAGUAAUCAUGGAUUAAAUCUGUAAAACAAAUAUUUGCAUCAAUUACAUUCAACCAUUGUACCGUAAUUCACUCAAAUUAUUAUAUACUGAGACUACAGCUGUGUCCUUAAUUCAGACUUCACAUUAAUUCUAUAUGUAUGUAUGCAUGUAGUUACUACAUACUAAUCUGUAACUAUUUUUAUCAGUUAGUAUAUAAAAAAUAUCAACAGACUUGAAACAAUAUGCGUGAUGUCAAUCAAACUGCGACUUUGGAAGGUUACUGUCAGUUAAGAGACAUUAAAAUUUUUUGUAGAUUUUAGCUGUUUCACCCACAAUUUAUUUUAACUAGCUGGCACAGCUCGAUUUACUUAGCGCAUUACGUUGUGGGAAAAUAAUGUGCAUCAACAGCACACUCAAUAAUUAACCAUCUUUAGUAUGCAUUCUGUCUGGUUUGACUUUCUUUUGUCACUUUUCAAGUCUGAACACAGCACAUGCUAAAAAGCAGCUUAGCCUCAGUAUGUAAAAUGGAAUUUUGACAUGGUGUAUGUCUCAACAGGUUGUGUUCAUGCAUGUUAAUCAUGUUGUUAGUUAAAGCUAACCACUAGCUUUUUUGUUUGAACACUAGAGAACAGAAAUACUUUUAAACAAACGCAGUAACAGUAACCUUACAAAUUCCAAGGUUAUCAAGGCCGUAUGGCUGAUGUUUUAGCAAACGGAUGCCUACUCGACCGAUAGUCAGACACAAAACAACAUGGAAAUAUCUCUUUCAUACCACCUGACACAGAGAAAUGCAAUAUUCACGUUUUUUUUAGGUGUCGUUUGGGUCACAAUCUUGUUCGGUUUUGACGUGUCAGAUUUUUAUAUUAGAUGUAACUCAUGUUUCCUGCCAGGCAGGUAACUAGUACACUAAUUUAAGCAGCUACAGAUUGAUCCAAAUGUUAAUAUAACCAACACUGUAGACAUUUGUCCUGACAGCAGACGAUUGUUUUUACUCCAAACUGUAUUACUAAAACUUUUGGUCAUUGUUUUUGAACGAGUUCAUUUGCCAAGGUCAGAUUUGAGUGCUAACAAGCUUUAUACCAAAGCUAUAGUUAGCAGUGGUGCGCCUAUAACUUUUAUUUUAUCAACACAGCUGUUUUCAGUGGAUGAAAAAUAUUACAGGGUGCUGAUAUUUUUGCAUUGUGUAUUUAACUCAUGUUUGACAUCAUGGAAACUAUAUUUGAAAAUCCAAUAAAAAGUAAUAUUGCCAAGA